CGGAGGCACGAGUAGGGCGGUGUGGGGCAGAGGUGUUUUCCAGAUGUGAAUCUAUAAACGCAAACCUGCCGAAACUGAAUCCCUUUACUGUCCACACAUCAACUAUGCAGACAGGUGUGUUCAUGGAGUCUUACCUGAGCAGGCUGGUCCCAGGGGUCCUGUCCCUGUUCCUGCUCAUACAUGUGUCCCUGGCUGCACCGGGUCAACCUGGGACACAAAGAGAGGAAUCAGCAGAUGUGCAACCCCCUUUUGUAGCAUUAGCCAACCCAUUUGGCUCUGGAGAGGAAGACCGAAGGUUACUGCAGAGCUACAUUCAGUCCACUCUGAAAGAUGGUGAAGGAGGACCAGAGAUCAGCACUUGGGAGCAAGAGGUAUUCUUCCUCUUUCGUCUUUAUGACUAUGAUCGAAGCGGGCUUUUGGAUGGUUUGGAGAUGAUGAAACUGCUGUCUGACUACAACUCUCAUCAUAACCCUGGAACACAAGCCAAUGAGUUGGUGGUGUCCAAGGUGGAUUUCUUACUCCAGACUCAGGAUCUAAACCAGGAUGGACUUUUGGCCCCAUCAGAGUUGCUCUCUCCACCAUUACCUCACACACAGAAGCAGGAUGUGGUGUUGGAGGAGAAGCUGUCAAACCCCAUUAUUGACCAGGAGACAGCAGGAGCAGCGGAGCAGAAAGAGGAAAUAAAGACAGAACAAGAGGAAAAUGAAAAACAAGUAGACAAUCAGAAUGGACAAGAAGUCCCAGAAGUCCCAGCAGCGGAACAGGAGGAGCAGCACCAGGCAGUCCCUGUACAUCAGGGUCAACCUGAGAUAUGAACACACGCGGCCUGCA